GCCGCGCGGUGCGCUCUUUCCCUGCAGCCCGGGAGAAGCGGCUUGUGCGCGGCACACCCCCCACGUCCCUCCGGCGCUGCUGCCUCAGCUCCGCUCGCCUCCGCUCCACACUGCCCUCCGUCGCACACCCACGGGACAUGGCACACGCGCAGGCACGCUGCCCUAGCGCCCGGGGCUCCGGGGACGGCGAGAUGGGCAAGCCCAGGAAGGUGGCUCUCAUCACUGGCAUCACAGGCCAGGAUGGCUCCUACCUGGCCGAGUUCCUGCUGGAGAAGGGCUAUGAGGUUCAUGGAAUUGUACGGCGAUCCAGUUCAUUCAAUACAGGUCGAAUUGAACAUCUGUAUAAGAACCCGCAGGCUCAUACUGAAGGAAACAUGAAGUUGCAUUAUGGUGACCUCACUGACAGUACCUGCCUCGUGAAGAUCAUUAAUGAAGUCAAGCCUACCGAGAUCUACAACCUCGGAGCCCAGAGCCACGUCAAAAUUUCUUUUGACCUGGCAGAAUAUACCGCAGAUGUGGAUGGAGUGGGUACAUUACGGCUUCUGGAUGCAGUUAAGACCUGUGGCCUUAUCAACUCUGUGAAGUUCUACCAAGCCUCAACGAGUGAACUUUACGGGAAAGUGCAAGAAAUACCCCAGAAGGAGACCACGCCCUUCUACCCUAGGUCACCUUAUGGGGCAGCAAAACUCUAUGCCUACUGGAUCGUGGUGAACUUCCGCGAGGCGUAUAACCUCUUUGCAGUGAACGGCAUUCUCUUCAAUCACGAGAGUCCUAGAAGAGGAGCUAAUUUUGUUACUCGAAAAAUUAGCCGGUCAGUAGCUAAGAUUUACCUUGGACAAAUGGAGUCUUUCAGUUUGGGAAAUCUGGAUGCAAAACGAGAUUGGGGCCAUGCCAAGGACUAUGUGGAGGCAAUGUGGCUCAUGUUGCAGAACGAUCAGCCGGAGGAUUUUGUCAUCGCCACUGGGGAAGUCCAUAGUGUCCGGGAAUUUGUAGAGAAAUCGUUUUUGCACAUUGGAAAAACCAUUGUGUGGGAAGGAAAGAAUGAAAACGAAGUGGGCAGAUGUAAAGAGACCGGUAAAGUUCACGUGACUGUGGAUCUCAAAUACUAUCGACCAACAGAAGUGGUAAGGAGUCCUGGCCCCCCAGCAUGUGGCCGCUUUUGGCCAGUUGGCUGGGAAAAUACUGUCACUGAAUGCCCGAAGCCGGCCUUCAGAGCUCUCCACUGGGCUCACUGGCAUCCUUCAGUGGGCACUUCCCAAACCAGAAUACAUCCUGGAUCCCAGGAGCUGGUGCAGGAGAUGGUGGACGCCGACGUGGAGCUCAUGAGGAACAACCCCAACGCCUGAGCGCGGCCGCUGAGCCCCGAGCCGCCCCGCUGGCUUUCGUCCCCCGGGCGGAACCAGCCGGUGAGGAGCCGCAGGCGUGGUCCUGGGAGGGGCGAGGAGCGCUAGUCCUUCCGACGGUUGCCCAGGACCCUCGCCGCCCCUGCGAGGUGGUCCCGCCCGCAGGACUGGGGUCGCUGAGGUUUGCAGCAGCCGGGACCUGGCGCUCCGGGUUCGGCCCACUUUCCUCUUGUCGAGGCCUUUUCUGAAUGGCUUUGUGAAAUCAACAAGAUGUUUUAAUCACAUAUUCACUUUACUUGAAAUUAUGUCAGUAGACAACUGAAAGUGUGGGGCUUUCAAAUGGUGUUUCUCUUUUCUGAUUAAAAAUGACCUUUCUAUGAACCAGCA